ACCAAACCGCACACGCCGCCGCCGUCUCCGCCCUCCGAGGGCCCAGGCCAAACCGCGCCGCGCACGACCCCCCUCACCGCCGGCGUCGCUCUGCUUCGCAGGCGUCCGGCGCGGCGAGCCUGGGCGUCGCUCUGCGGCCGCCCCCUCCUCUGCUGAUUCUCGCUCGGUUCGCUGGCAUUCGCGCCCGUAACAGGGUUUUGUCGCAGAUGGCGUCGGAAGAGGCGGAGCGUGCCGUCAUCGCGGAGGCGGUCGCCGCGAGGGCGAGGGACCUGGUCCGGGCCCUCCUCGCGCCUGGAGGCCUGAUGAGCGUCGAGGACGCAGGGGUGACCGUGGCCGUCAGCGUGAAGAGCUGCCUCGCCAAGAUUUCCCGUGAGAACCUCAACGUGUGCAGUCCUCAGGACGUCGAGAAGCUGGCCGUCGCGGACACCCUCACCGUCGUCGUCAACCUCGGUGCUGGAUCACUGACCGCACCCCAUAGCAUGGUAGAGGAGUCAAUCACCAAGGCAGUUGUGGCUUCCAGUGCCCAGGUGGGAGAUACGAGUACCUCUUCGGACUGCAUUUUUGCUCUUUGAUACUUGGUUGUGACUUUCUGCUACGUGGUGGCACUACUUGCACUGUUUGUUGUUCGUCUUAGCAACUAGUGACCUUGAUAUGAUGUAGAUCCUUUGUCUAGCUCGUAUAGCUGAAUGGUGAAAUUUGUGGUGAUUACUUCUGGAUAACACGGUAACAUCCAUUGAACUUUCGUCUCUUGGUGGCACAAAAAUAAUGAAAUUCUAUGGUAAACUGGUAAUUAGUAUGAUAUGAUAUGAUAUGAGCAACUGCUUUUCGUA